AUGGCGGGAGACCCGCCCGUUGGCAACGCGGAUUUCCCCGACUCCAGGGAAGCUGCCCAUGGCAUGGUCUCUGAGGCGCUGGCGGCUGCGCCACACUUUUCCCAGUCCUUGGAGCCCUCUGCGCGCGCGGCCCAAGGUCCGCCCCAAGUCGAGGCGUGGGCCACCUCGGCUGCGAUGCGCACCAGCCAGGUCGCUGUCCCAGCGGCCGCGGUCAGGCGCGCGCGUGCCGACCGGCGUGCUUUGGCGCGGUUCCGAAGCGCGGUCGACGCUGUCGACGCCGCUCUGACCGAGGUCGAGCUGGAGAGAGGUGCGGAGACUGGGGAGAGCGCGGGAGAGCUGGCAGAGCGUAUCCUGCCGCUCCUCGCCGAGCUCGAGCGCCGUAAGGCUGCACUGUGCAGCGCCCGCUCACGUCUUGCCAAUUGUGUUAGAGAGGCCGCGUCCGCCGGGCCCCCCGCGGCGGCGGCGGACCUUUUUGCGCCUGCGGCAGUGCCGGCUGCCCCCGCGGAGGUGGACAGCGCCGCCGAGGCUGAGGCGAGGGUAGGUACGGUCCCGCACAGCGAGGCUGAAACGGCGCCGCAGGGCGGUGGCCGCGCCGUCCUGUCUUCGGCUGACGCCGCACAUCAGGGCGAGCGGCAGCGCCCGCGGCUUAUGGCGCUAGACGGCCCAGGGGCCGAGCUGCCCCCAGCCGCGCCGACGCCUUCUGGCUCGACCGCUGCAGCUGACUCCGGUCGCGGCCUUAGCUCCGCGCCUCCUCUCGCGCGAAUCUCGUUCGUCCAGGGCUCUCGUUUCACCCCCGCUGAUGAGGGCAGGCGUACACGCUCGCUCGUUGCAUUCGAGCUGUGGCUUGGUGAGCACACGGGCAUUGUCCCUGACGCGCUCUACCGCAGCGGGAUCUUAGCAGGCAGUUUCUUGGCCACGUUCGGAGUUUGGCUCCACGACGCGGGGCUCCCGCAGUACAUCCUUGUUCACGCCGUGCUGGGCGUGCAGGCUGCCAAAGUCAAGAGGUUUGCCACCAAGGUCAUCGACACGAACAGCGAGCGGCAGAUAGACGAGGCAUUGUGGCGGAAGAACGUCCUAGACCUCCACCAGGUGAUGUUCGUCGCCCGUAACUUGUACCUCACGCUGGAGUCGAACAACGAGGCGACCCUGCGCGUCGCGGUGGAGAUCGUGACGUGCAUCAAGCACCGCAGGGUGAUCUUCUGGGACGACAUGUGGCACUCCGAGGACGACCAGAAGCGGGAUCAUUUCAAGGAGAUGGUGGCCGACAAGCUCAGGCAGGUGAUCCAGGGCGUGCGCGGGGCCGACGGGGCCGGGGCCGCGGGCGGCAAGGGGGGCGACCAGGCGGGCAAAGGCGAUGAUGUGGAGAAGAUGAAGGCGAAGAUAAAGGAUACCGCUGGAGACCGCCAAGGAGGCGGGCGUGAAGCAGCAGCGGCUGGCGGAGAUGGUGGCCCGGCAGGCGGAGGACGGGGCGCGCCGCCCAGGCGGAGGAGGCCCUCGCCGCGGCGCGGAAGAGCCAGGGGCAGCGGGGCAGGGGCGGCGGGGAGGACCCGAGCAAGGUCCGCGAGCUGGAGGAGAGAAGCUCGCGGCCAGCGAGGCUGCGCAGCAGGAGAGCUGAAGAAGCAGAUGCAGGCGCUGAUGCGGGAUCAGGCCGCAGCUGGCGACUCCGCCGCAGCGGGUACCACGAGACUGCAGGAGGACCCCUUGGGGGGCUCGGGGCUGCGCGGUCGCGCAUCGCAGAGUUGGAGAAGGACCCGAGCUGGCGGAUGCCCUGAGCAGGCCCACGGAGGCCCUGAUCGAGGUGAAGUCCGAGGAGCGCUGCCCGAGAUCGACAUGGCGGCCGCCACCAAGCCGCUGGCGCAGAAGCUGGCCGCGGAGAAGCUGCGGUACGAGAAGGAGCUCGAGGCGCUCCGCGCCAAGGCCCGCGCAGACGCCACGGCGGCGCUCGCCGGCGCCGAGGAGGCCGAGGCCCUGACGGCGGGCCUCCGCGCGCAGCUCGAGGAGGCGCAGAGCCGCGCCGACGACGCCGAGGCCAAACUCCAGGACCCGGACGCCCUCCAGCGGCUGGAGGAGGCCAGGUCCGCCCAGCUGCUCAGCGGGGCCUGCGGCGACGAGGCGGCCGAGGCGCUCCGGCGCGCCUCGCUGGCCGCCGCCGCGGAGGUGAAGGCGCUGCAGCAGGAGCUGCGCGCCAAGACGGCGGAGACGGACCAGGCGCGGGCGAAGCUCGAGAAGAAGAGCAAGCAGCUUGCCGAGAAGAUGGAGGAUCGAGGGAAGACAUCGAGAGCAUGGAGGUGGAGAGGCAGAAGAUGUUGA